AUGAAUGAAACAGUUUGGGCGAAUGAGGAUUGGCUAGACGCGCUUGGUUACCCUCCAAGAGAUCCAAUAUUAUGGUGGGGUCCACCGACUACAACACAGCAACUCAACAUCACCAAUCUCGCGAUUGGGGGGACUGGAGUGUUGCAGCAGAAUUGUCUACCACCUGUUGCUGAUCCAACAGUUAUCACCUUUCCACGAAUCGAACAAUCACUGGUGUUCAUUAAAAUUGAGAGGUCUGGUGAAACCAGCAAAAUGACAUUUUCGUUGGACUUUCGAACGUUUAAUAAAGGUGGGACUCUAUUCUACCAUUCAGUGGAUAAUGACAAGAACUUUGUCUCGCUUGAAAUGGAAGAUACAUUCGGUCACUUGAUAGUUGAAAUAAUUAUGCCUGGUGUCAAUUUAAUCCGCUACACAAUGCCAAAUGAAGAUUCGGCCGCCUUGAAUGGAACGUUUGCUGAUGGUCUCUGGCACUCGAUUUAUUUCGAAAUGAGUCAAACGACUGUUCGGACGGUGGUGGAUGGCCGAGAAUAUAGCAACAAUCAGACAUUCACAGAAAGCAUUAACUUUGAAAAAGUUUACUACAUAGGGGGUGGUCGACCGCAAAAAUUCAGUUUUCAGGGCUGCAUGAGAAGGAUCAAUGUGAAUGCUCAAGACUUAGUCUGGGCUCAGCUUGACCCUGAAAGCCGAUCAAGUGAGAUAGUCAAUGGUAGCUGCCUCAUCACUGAUCGAUGUAGUCCAAAUCCCUGCAAACACGAAGCUCCUUGUACGCAGAACGGAGCAACCUUCUUUUGCGACUGCACUAAUACAGGCUAUUCGGGAGCUGUUUGUCAUCAGAGCGAGUAUUUCACUUCGUGUUCAGAAGUUGGUCUAUUCUAUGGACAAAUGGCACCUCAACUUAAUGUUACUAUUGAUCUAGACGGAUCUGGAGUUUUAGACCCGUUCACAGUUCUUUGCGACUUUACAGAUCGAAGUAACCCAGAGACAAGAAUUCAGCACACUGAUGAAAACUUUCUUCCAGUGGAUGGGUUUCAAAAUCCGGGAUCGUAUAAAAGAACUCUAAACUAUGGCAAAGCUUCUCGAGCUGCAUUAGCAGAGUUGACGCGGCGUGCCGUGUAUUGUGAGCAAUCUGUCGCUUAUAGAUGUUGGAAUUCGAAGUUACUUGCUAAACCACAAGGCUAUGGUGACGGCACGGAGCUAACUUGGGGUUGGUGGGUAAGUAGAAGCGGACGACCUCGCUAUUACUGGGGAGGUGGAGUUCCUGGGUUGAAAAUGUGCGACUGUGGAGUACGGGGAACGUGUACAGGCAAUUCGAUGACCUGUAAUUGUGAUGGUGAUGGUUCGGAUGCCCCACCUCUAGUGGAUACCGGUUUGCUUACUUUUAAGGAGGAUCUGCCGGUUUGGGAAGUUCAUUUUGGUGAUACCGGUACACUAAACGAUCAGAAACGUGCUGAGUACAGUAUCCAGGAGAUGCGAUGCAGUGGAGACCGGUUUUUUGACAACACAGUAACCUUCGUGAAGCUCGAUGCUAAUCUAGAACUACCGUCAGUCUUUGCGGAAUAUGAAUUUGAUAUGAGUUUCCUAUUCAAAACCACUAUCAAAGAUGCUGUGCUGAUGCAAAAUGUCGGUGGUAUCGCUUUUCGAUUUGCCUACAAUGUUGGUAAUGGUUUGCAGGUCCUUGAAGUGACAACCGCAUAUUGGCUAAAUAAUAAUCAGUGGCAUGUGGUCAGACUAGAACGAAACAGGAAAGAAUCUCGUUUGAUCGUUGAUACAAAUCCUGCCCAAGUUCUUGUUGAACCCAAUGAACGUUCCUUCCUUAUGUUCAACUUUGACCAGCCCCUAUUUGCAUUUACCGAUGGCUAUGUUGGCUGCAUUUCAAAUCUUCUUAUUAAUGGAGUUGUCCAGGAUAUUCGUGGGAUUGUGGAAAGAGGAGAGACAACGUAUGGGUUGAGAGCUGGCUGUCAACCCAGAUGUGCUAAUAAUCCUUGUUUAAAUCGAGGCGUUUGUGUUGAAUUCUACUCACAUUACUACUGUGAAUGCGGCUUAACGCGCUAUCGUGGGUUCAUUUGCGGUCGAGAAGUUGGAGGUACAUUUAGCAACGGUCCGAUGAUUAAAAUCGAUCUCUCAAGCAUGGGUGAUAGCCUUGGUACUCUAGAGGAGUACAUUACCGUUGGAUUCAAAUCGAAAUCUAAAAGUGGAAUUCUGAUGGAAAUGCUGGGAGAGGGCAAACAGAAUUACAUUAUCAUCCGAAUAAAUAACAACGGAGGAAUUACCAUUGAAUUCGAUGUGGGAUUUGGACGAUUCGAAGUUACAACCGAUUAUAUUGUUGACCUUUCUAGUGGCCAACAUCAUACUAUAAAGGCAUGGCGAACGAAUAUCGGCCAAGUAUGGCAUUUACAGGUGGACGAAUAUCCCGAAGUUGUAAAAGAUUUUCGCCCAAUUCUCUCAGAUACUGCAGAUACCAGGUUAGAUAAGCCGAGGUUCCUCUAUCUUGGCAGAAACGAUUCAAUGCAACAAGGGGAAGGCUUCGACGGAUGUAUGUAUGGGGCUCAAUGGAAUAAUCUUUUCCCUCUUCGUAUGGUUUUCGAGGACCCACGGAAUCCUAACGUCUAUAUUGAACCUGAAGGUGCCGUGACCGAAAACAAAUGCGGUUUUGAGGAGAUUCUUCCUGAGCCUGAACCAAUUGAAAUUCGACCACCUAUUCCCUUCCCCACAAACCUAACUCUCAUUGGUGCUGAAGAAGAUCUAAGGCAACAACGAAUGAUUUUUGGAAUUGUGGGUAGCCUGCUAGUCCUCACAAUCUUGGCCAUCUUCAUUGUCUGCUGUCGAAAAUUCACCUUCAAGAAGGGCAAUUAUCGCACCAAAGAAGCCAAGAUUGCUGCGGAUAAUGUUAGCACUGUGGAUGAAGCUUUGGCAGCUGCAAACACAGAUCUACCUGAUGCUCGAACGAAAAGGGAAUGGUGGCUAUAA